UUUUUUUUUCUUUUUCUUCCUUUUUUUUUUCUUUUUUCUUCUCUUUUUAACUACAUCUACAUUUAUUUAUUCAUAUAUAACAUGGUCAACAAAACUAUUUUGUGGUCUGCUAUUGCUGCUUCUUUUGCCUCCAUCUCCAAUGUAUUGGCUAGUGAUAGUGAUGUUUUGGCUUUGACUGAUAAAACUUUCAAUAAAGAAGUUUUGGAUAAGAGUCUUAUGCUUGUUGAAUUCUAUGCUCCUUGGUGUGGACACUGCAAGGCUCUUGCUCCUGAAUAUGAAUUGGCUGCUACUGAUUUGAAAGAUAAGAUUCCUUUGGCUAAAGUAGAUUGUACUGAAAAUGAAGCUACUUGUCGUGAACAUGGUGUUCAAGGUUAUCCUACUUUGAAAGUCUUCCGUAAUGGUGAAUCUACUGAAUACCGUGGUACUCGCAAGCACGAAGGUAUUGUUAGCUAUAUGAAGAAACAAGCUCUCCCCAAUGUAUCCGACUUGACUGAAGCUACUGCCUUGAAUGAUUUUAAGGAAUCUGACCGUGUUGUUGUUAUUGCUUAUGUGAAACCUGAUGAUAAGGAAACCAAGGAAACCUAUGAUACUUUGGCUGCUAAAUUGCGUGAUGAUUUUACUUUUGGUUUGGUGACUGAUGAAGAAUUGGCCAAGACUGAACAAAUCAAGGAAUUCCCUUCUUUGGUUUUGUACAAGCAAUUUGAUGAAAAGCGUGUUGAUUUAUCUGGUGCUGCCCUGAAGGAUGAAGAUUUGACUAACUUCAUCAAAUCCAACUCAAUCCCCCUUUUGGAUCAAAUCGAUGCUGAAAAUUUCGCUACCUAUAUGGAAUCUGGUUUGUUAUUGGGUUACGCCUUCACUGAUAAUGAAGAUGAUCGCGCAAAGUAUGAUGCCCUCCUCCGACCUGUGGCUGAAAAAUUCAAGGGAAAGGUUAACUUGGUUCAUAUUGAUGCUUCCAAGUAUGGUGGUCACACUUCCAAUGUUGGUCUCAAGGAUGGUGAAUUCCCUGCCUUUGCUAUUCAAAAUUUGAACACUGCCUCCAAAUACCCUUAUACUGGUUCUGAUGUCUCUACCACUGCUUUUGAAGAAUUUGUUGAAAAUGUUUUCUCUGGAAAGAUCGAACCUACUCUCAAUUCUGAAGAAGUGCCUGAAACUAAUGAUGGUCCUGUCAAGGUAGUUGUUGGAUCUCAAUUUAAUGAUAUUGUAUUGGACAAGUCAAAGGAUGUGUUUUUGGAAGUUUAUGCUCCCUGGUGUGGUCAUUGUAAGAACUUGGCUCCUACUUGGGAAAAAUUGGGUGAACAAGUUCAAGGUCUCAAGAACAGUAACUUGGUCAUUGCAAAACUGGAUGGUACUGCAAAUGAUAUUCCUCCUGAAGGUGAUUUCAAGGUUGAAGGUUUCCCUACUCUCAAAUUCUUCAAGGCUGAAACCAAUGAAAUGAUUGAUUACAAUGGUGAUCGAUCCCAUGCUGAUCUCAUUCGAUUUAUCAAGGAACAUUCUACUGGCAAAAUUGAAUUGGAAGUCCCUGUUGAAGAAGAACAAGAGGAACAAAAGGAAGCCAAGGAUGAAGCUGAAACUGUGAACCAUGAUGAACUUUAGAUUAGUCUAACUCUUUUUUUACUUUCACUUAUUCUUUCUCUCUUUCUUUUUUUUUUUUUUUUUCUUCUGCUUAGUAUUAUUAUUAUUAUUUUUGUUAGUAUUCCCCCUCUCUUGUGUUCCUCUUUCCUAUUUUCUUCCGGCAUUGUUGUAAAUUCUACCUUCAUUCCAUUUUUGUCUCUUUUUUUAUUAUUUUUUUUUAUUUUUAUUUUUUUUUUUAUUUUU